AUGGCCUGCUAUGGCAGGAUACAGUCUUCUGUUGUUCUUGUGUUUGUGUCAAUCAUGGCCGACAGUCAAUUGCCAACAUACUUGGCAAGNCCUGCUAUGGCAGGAUACAGUCUUCUGUUGUUCUUGUGUUUGUGUCAAUCAUGGCCGACGGCCAAUUGCCAACAUACUUGGCAAGAAGCCUUUAAAGCACUAGGAAUCAGUAACAAUUCAGAUGGCACAUUGAACAGACAAAUCCAAAUUCCUAUGGUGAAUGCAACACCAUCUGUUGAUCCAACACAGCCUGCUCCCGUCGCCCUCUCCUCGGACGUACGAAUCAGUCCGCUAAGCAAAGCUUUCGUCCGCCUCUAUCGGCCUGUGAAUCCCCCGGCUAACACCAAGUUGCCACUCAUCAUCUACUUGCACGGAGGCGACUUGGUGCUGUUUAGUGCAUCAACUGUCAUCUUUCAUGACUUCUGCAACAAUAUUGCUGCACAGUUCCCGGCGGUGAUAGUCUCGGUUGAGUACCGGCUGGCCCCCGAAAACCGUCUCCCAGCAGCCUACGAUGAUGCCUUGAAUGCUAUCUUUUGGGUUCAGUCUCAGGCAUUAGGUUACUUUGGCCGCCAUCAAUGGUUUCAGUACGCUGAUUUUUCAAGAGUUUUCUUAUUGGGAAGUAGCGCAGGUGCCAAUAUAGUUUACCAUACAGCCCUUCGUACACUGGAUUUCAAUCUUCAACCAUUAAGAAUUCGGGGAGUUCUACUGAAUCAGGCAUUUUUCGGAGGAAUUCAAAGCACUCCAUCAGAGCUUAGACUCCUUGACGAUCCUUAUGCUCCUUUGUAUGUAUGUGAUGUUUUGUGGCAAUUGGCAUUGCCUACCUAUGCCAAUAAAGAUCAUGAAUUUUGUAAUCCACUGACUGGCGGAUCAUACCUUGGACGGGUCCCACGUUUGCCGAGAUUCUUCGUGAAAGGUGAUGAAGGGGACCCACUGGUGGAUAGAUCAAAACAGUUAGUUCAGUUGUUGCAAGCAUAUCGAGUACCGGUGGUAUAUCAAUUCAACGAAGGAGGCUAUCAUGGUAUAGAACUUUCAAACACCACAGCUGCUCAACAAUUGUAUACUGCCAUGAAGAAUUUUGUCUACUCUAAUGGACUUACUGAAGAUGAAAAUUCUCACGCUUCUAUCUGA